AUGCUUUAUGAAGAUGAAGCUGAAGAUGGUAAUGGUGAAGCAUUAAAUAGUAUAAUUGAAACAGUAGUAAUGAUAAUAGAAGAUGACGUAAAAUUUGUAGUUUCCAUUCAAUGCAAUAUUAUAUAA